AUGGAUGAUGCUCGGAGGGCGCUACGAGCUGGUAUUGACAUGAAGCACAACAUUUCCGAAGAUCUGCCUCCUGUAUUUCAAUCAUCCACCGAAAAGAAGUACCAUUUGAACCCGUCGGAUAUCGAGGAGAUUCGCAGGCUUCGGCUCAGCGAUCCAAUGAUGUGGAGCCGCUGGAAACUGGCCAAACGAUUUGAUUGUUCCCCCGUGUUCGUUGCCAUGUGCAAUCGAGAUGGGGCACAAAACGUCGAAUGGCUAGAGAAGACCGCCAACUACGGAAAGAGUCUUGGGGGAGCACUGAAUAAGAGGGAGGGCGGACUCCUACACUCCUUAUACCUCCAGCUCUACAGUAUCCGCUGGUGUUCAUUAUAA